GUUUUCACAGUUCAUCCCUCACAUUUACUUCACUCACGUAGAAUGUCAGCGGCAAUAACAAAGCCCUCAAAGGGCUGAAUGAUGAUGUGCAAAGUGCAUACAGCACCAUGUUGCAGCCACUCCAACUGUGGACGGGACCGAUACCUUCCGAAGUUAUUUUUCUAGUGAAGGAAUUAUAUUUGGCGCUGGAAGAACAGUUCAAGAGGAUCAAGUCACUCCAGAGUCAGAAUCGAAAUCUCUUCAAGAAAAUAUUCAAUGCGGGCCCUUUAGCGCAGAGCAUAGAUGACGUGAGGAUGUGCAUCAGUGUAGCCCUCUCCCGGUUUGCUACGGCGGCAACAACUUUAAACCUUCUCAAUACGAUUCAAGCGUCGGUGGAUUAUGAGCUUUCAAAACUGCCCAAAGCAAAUGCCGAAUAUUACCGUGUGAAGAGCAAGUCAGAAUGCCUCAAAACCACUCGGGACAAAAUUCGCGGCUCAAUUCUCGAGUACUUGGGGGGCCCUAAAAACCGAUUUGUCUGGCUGCGUGGUUCGCCCGGAACUGGGAAAACUGCGAUAUCUAUGAGUGUGGCUUCCACGCUCGACAAGCAACGCACUCUUGCAGCAUCCUUCUUCUGGGAUAAGAACCAAGAGGGAACAGGGCUCGAUUCGAUUGAGCGCUUCCCCUCCACUCUUGCCCGACAGCUUGCGGCAUUCAAUGCGGAGUACAAGAGCUUGCUUAUCAGGCAACUUCGGGAUCCGGUUUCAUUCAGCAGUAUUGAUGGUUCUGCUGCAGAGAAAGAGGUGAAAGCUUGGAUCAUCAAUCCUAUGCGUGAACUCGGGGGUAUAUUGUCUUCAGGAAAGGGUCGGCCUGUCAUCGUAUUAGAUGGACUCGAUGAGUGCGGGAAUCCAGAGGUGCUUGCGUCUUUGAUGAGGCUAGUUCUUCUGCUUGAUGAGCUGCCUUCGACGUUUGCCAUACUCGUCAGUUGCCGUCCGGAGCCGCAAGUGAUUUCCGCUUGGGCUCAAGCUGAUUAUCAUCUUUCGAUCGCUCAUGCUGAUAUGGACCAGAUUGCGGAAGACGAGAAUUUCCACACGAUCCGUCGUAUGGUCGUGAACGGGCUUCAGGACUGUAUCGUGGAGUCACCCUGGAAACCGACCAAGGAGGAUAUCGAUGCCUUCUCUUCAGCUUGCCGUGGCUUGCCCGUUAUCGCCUCAACCCGGAUACGUGACGUCCGCUAUCAGAUUCAAUGCGGUUCCGUGCUAGAAUCCGAAUUCGAUUACUAUCUCAAUCUCACAGAUGCACCUGAGGAUCUGAACUCAGAGUACUUGCGAAUAAUGCGACGGGCCUAUUUAGGCCAGCGCACAAAAGUUAAUCCACGCAUCGCAGAGAAGUACCGUGAGGUCGUUAGGAUGAUGAUUGUCCCACGGCGGGAAUUCAGUGUGUAUGAAAUAUCAGAGCUCCUUGGAACAUUUUCUGAGCAUGAGGUGCGCUCAAUACUCAAGCCCAUCAGCUCAAUAGUCGAUCUACCUCCAACGAACAAAAUGCCUGUCAAAUUCUACCACGCAACGGUGAAGGAAUUCAUCACAGGGAUUCCCAUUGGUAAGGAGGAGGACAAAGUAUUCUUUGUUAGUGACGAGAAAGGUUAUUCAAUUGGGUUGCGGCUCCUUCAAUUUGUGAAUGGUGUCAUCAAAAGGAAUGAGUUGGGUCUCCCCACUGAACUUCCUUUGGGAGAUGGAAAGAAGUGGAAGUCUAUGAGCAAGACUCCGAAAUCCGACCAUGUCGACUAUGCACUUACGGAGCUGUUCCGACACUUGGACCCUUCACUCCUCUUUUCACGAGAGUCAAAUGAAUUGCAGAGAGAAUUUGAACAGUUCUGGACGCAAAACUUGCUCUCCUUCUUUGCAGUGAAGAGUAAAGGAACACAAAACUUGCAUAUUCCUCGUGAUUGGGGUCAAUUUGAGUCAACCUCUGUCAUCCAUGAUGCUCAGAAACUCUUUAGCAGUUCCCCAUGGCAUGCUUAUCGAUCCGGCCUUCCACUCACUCCAACAUCAUCAUCCAUCUACAAAUAUUAUGGUCAUCUCUCAGACCCUGUUCGAAUCUUCAGCGUCUCCGGCGAGUUCGCCGGUGGCCUAAUUCCUUUGAGUGAUGAUGCACACAGAGCUCGAAGGGUGAUGGAGGUGGAGGUGGCUAAAUUGCCAAGGAAGAACAGUGGACAGGAGACCAAUUAUGAAGCCGAGUUUUGUAACGACAAUGUUCGCAAUGGUACUGUGACCUGUGCAGCGCUCUCAAGUGAUGGCCAUCGCGUAGCGCUUGGGUUUGGGAGUGGUAUUAUUGAAGUAGCUGACAUCGACAAUCCACGCACAAUCUGUCGAUUCCAGAGUGAUUCUUCCUAUCCUCUUGCUUGGAUUGAAUUUAUCCACGGUGGUAAUGCCCAUAUUGCCACUGAAGAUACUCAAGGAAACGCUGCCAUUUUCAGCCAUGGAAUGCCUUCGGUGAAGCUUGGCAUGCUUCCCAGUAGUCAUUACCCUCCUCUAACCACAGUGUCGGACAAUGGAUGUUUUGUUGUACGGGUCCCACGAAAUCUUAAAGAUGUUUGGUACGAGAACACAGCACUCUUGUGUGUCUUGGGCAAUCCAUCCAUUCAGCUUCUUGCACCGCUUUCCACUGCUCAGUCUUCCAAACACUUUUCCCUUCCUUUGCGACAAUCGCUUGGAUUCUCUCCUGGAGGCCGAUAUGUCUGCGCUUACGAUGCUCAUGAUGCUUUUGUCUGGUCAACAUAUUCAGGCGAAUUGAUCGCACGAUUUCGCACACAAGGUUUCGACAAGUGGAUCAUCAACACUGGGGUUGCCCCCCCUUACUCAUAUUCCAUCCCGGACCCCAUAUUUCUUCACUCUGCAAUUCCUUUGAUCCCGGAAGUGGAUGUGAAUUGUGGACAAACUUCCAACUCGUCAUUGUCCAGGUACAACUCAGAUGAAUCCUGGCUGAAGUGCCCCUUUUACGACCUUCACCCACGGGCUGAUUGGACAAAAACCUAUUCAUACGCAGCAGGAAGAGUCCCAUUAAUGUUUUGCUUCAAUCCCCGGGCCAAAGGGCGGCAGUACGACCACGAAAUCUUUUUCAAUGGGAUAAUUAAAUUCACUUUACGAUUGCUUCGGGAUCACGAAGUAAUCAACCAAAAAGUGGUUCAUAAUGUGGAUCUCGAGUACAUUGCAAGGGCCUGGUAUGGUGAUCGAUAUAUAUAUGUGGAGGACAAUAGGUGUCGCAGUGUCGUUGCGCUAUUCAGUGACUUUUACCUUCCCCAGGCUAGUAAAGAUGGAACUCGAUUUCUUAUCCAGGGCAAGAUGAAGGCCCCGAUUAUCGUCGAUAUCAGCCAGGUGGUUUAACAUCCAAAUCAAUCCCUCUUCCCUCGGCUACUGUCUUCAUUUUGCGAUGGAGCGGAUCAAGAGUCAUACUGGGCUUAUUUCGUUGUGCGUAGGACUGCAAUGUUAAGUAAUAUCAAUUGAACUGG